AUGUCGAAAGGAAAAGAGACGUUUAGAAAGGGCGUUUUGGAUUUUUUUCCAUUGCAAGAUUACCUCGAAAGAGGGUUCUCUAAAUACAAUGCAUAUAAUGUGUCUCUCAUGGCUGAUCUGCACUCCAUUUUAAGAAUUGCGGAUGGGGAAGAGCAAGAGAAAGAGCGCGGAGGAAAUAAAUGUGGUGAUGAAACUGAAAGCUCUGCCAGGAAGAUGCUAGCUGCAGAACAAUUGGCAUCCUCUCCUGGUACGAGUAUUGCAUGGACACAAAAAUACAGGCCCAAAGCCAUUAUAGACAUAAUAGGAAAUGAGGUGGAACAGAUUCAGCAUUGGCUAAACAACUGGGAUGAGCAUUUCCUAAAAGCAGCUAGUAAGGGGAAGGGAAAAAUACAGAAUGACUCUGGUGCUAAAAAAGCAGUUAUGUUGAGUGGUAUGCCAGGUAUAGUCAAGACUACAUCUGCAAAGUUGGUUAGUCGGUGGCUGGCUUUCCAAACGAUCGAGGUAAAUGCUAGUGAUAUUCGUGGAAAGGCUGAUUCGAAAAUUGAGGAAGGAAUUGGUGGAAGUACUGCUAAUUCCAUAAAAGAAUGUGUUACCAAUGAAUUUCUAAGUGCUAAUAUUGGCAGAUCACACCGUCAGAAGACUGUUCUGAUUAUCGAUGAGGUUGAUGGCAUGUCUGCUGGAGAUGGAGGAGGUGUUGCCGAUCUUAUUGCUGUCAUCAAGAUCUCAAAAAUUCCUAUUAUCUGCAUUUGCAAUGAUCGCUACAGUCAGGAAUUGAAGAGCCUUAUGAAUUAUUGCCUUCCAAUUGACUUCAGAAAACCAACCAAGCAGCCGAUGGCAAAGAGGUUAAAGCAAGUGGCAAAUGCUGAAGGCAUUCAAGUCAAUGAGAUUGCUCUUGAGGAAUUGGCAGACCGUGUUGAUGGAGAUAUGCGUAUGGCUCUAAAUCAAUUGCAAUACAUAAGUCUCGCCAAAAGGCAACACCUUCUAAGCAGGUCAAAGGAUGAGGAUAUCUCACCGUUCAAAGCUAUAGAAAAGCUGUUUUAUUUUAAUGCCAAGAACUUAAAAAUAGAUCAAAGAAUUGACCUAAGUAUGAGUGACCCAGAUCUUGUCCCGCUUCUUGUCCAGGAGAACUAUUUCAAUUACAAACCAAGUUCUGCUGGCAAAGAUGAUAGUGACUUAAAGCGGAUGAGCCUAAUUGCACGUGCUGCGGACUCCAUUGCAGAUAGUGACUUAAUAAAUGUACAAAUUGGAAGAUACCAGCAGUGGCAACUUUCUCCAGCUGGUUGCAUUUCAUGUUGCAUAAUUCCUGCUUCUUUGUUGCACGGACAGAGGAAGAUUCUUGAGCAGGAUGAAUUCAACUGUAACAGGUUUGCUGGCUGGAUAGGGCAGAACUCUACAAUGGGAAAGAAUUACCGAAAUCUGGAGGACUUGCAUAUUCACCUACUCGCAUCUGGAGGACUCUCAUCUCGUAAAUCUCAUUUGGGAAGGGAAAACCUGAGACUGGACUACUUUACACUUCUUGGAAAGAAGUUGACAGAUCCAUUAAGAGUUCUGCCUAAGGAUGAAGCUGUAAAGAAUGUUGUGGAUUUCAAGGAUUCAUACUCUAUAAGCCAGGAGGACUUUGAUAAUAUUGUGGAGCUGUCAAAAUUCAAGGGAUGUCCGACUCUUCUGGAUGGUGUUCGGCCUGAUGUGAAAGCUGCACUAACAAAGGCAUACAACCAAGGAAGCAAAUCAAAUGUUAUUCGUUCAACAGAUUUAAUUACUCUUCCCGGAAGCUCCCAAGAACUCAUCAGACACAGAAGACACAGUUGUGAAGAAAUCCCCUUACUGUCUAUGCUAUCAGCAUUUUCUUUUUUCUCUUAUUUCAAUCUGUAUUUAAUGAUGUUAUUGCUUGUUUCGGUUAACUCAGCAGAUGUUGAGAAAAAAUUAGAGUUCUGGAACAAUUCGAUCUUCUCCUGCAUUUUUCUGCAAUUAUUUACUGGUUCCAAGCCUUUGCAGGAAGUGGAAGUUCUAAUAGCAGUGAUAAGUGAGAGAGGUGGCCGAGGUUCUGGAGCUGCUGCCAAGAGAAAAAGAUGA